GAAACAACAGAAAUGAUGAAUGGAAAGGGUAAGAAAGUGGGCUGCAUAGCAGAGCAAAAUAGUGGCAACAGUCCAUACAGCAGCAGUGCCAUGACAGAGCCAGUCAGUAACUGGGAACUGAGUCGGAACCAUUUCCAAACCCACUUUCAAAACCAACAGCAUAAACAACAACAACAACAACAACAAUCCCUCUCGCGACCCCCACCCCUGGACCAGAUGGCACUGCGCAACAAACUAGCAUUAGUUGAAGCCACUCAAAACAAAAGCGCUGUGGAGGCAAAAACGUUGAAAAAGAAGCUUCCUCCGAGAGGUAGGCGGUCUGGUAUGGAUCAGAGCAGCGGAACUGACGACGAGCUAUUUUCCCUUUCGGUCAAUGUAGUCAAAAGUGGGAUUUCGGCUAUUUGCGACACUAUCCACAAAACUUCAAACCAUAAUGGCGAUAUGCGUGAACAAAACGAGCACUAUGAGGUGAUCACGCGUGAACAGAGGGCGAAUUCAGAACAACUUGAAAAUGAGGAGAAGGAGAGUGUGACCAAGUUAGAAGGAGGGCAGGGGGGUCCAAAUAUGCGAGAGGGUACGAGGAGUAUUCAAUGUCAGACUUCAGAAGCACUGGAGGGGAAAGUGGUGGCUGAGAUAAAACAAGUACAAGUGCAACAAGAGAUAGACGGCGUUGGAGACAAAAAAGUGACUGCAGCAGAUGUUAUGAAGAAAGAGCCAACGAGAUCUCAACUGAAGAGAAAGAAAACGACAUCGGCUAGUUGCAACUGCUUCUCGAUGAGACAACAUGACGCAUCGGACAUAAGUGUGGCGGAGGAGGGAGAUAAUGGGAAGAAAUUAGUGCUCAUUGACCAAGUCAUGUGCUGCAAGUAGACUGUGCAUCGAGCAGAAAACACUAUUCAUCAGGCAACCAAGACCUAGCAAAGUUUGAUCCAUAAGCAAAUGUUUUGAUCGAAAGAAAGCCAAAAGGCAAACAGGAGUGUUUACCAAAGUACCUCAUAGAAGUUCAGAAUGGUCAAAAAGCUGCCACGGCGACAGCAAAACACCGUACUAAAUUAAAUUGAAUAGUGAUUUUCUGUUUUCGCAUCUAAAGAACAAUAGCUGCGUUCAGAACGUCAAUGUUCUCUAAAUACAUAAUUUCGCUAACUUCUAAAUUGAUAAUUUUUCCUUUCC